UAUCUUCUCCCAGUUCAUGGAGUUUCCAGGCACUUGAGGUGAUUUUCCUUUGACAAUCCUCCAUGCUGGUCUCGAUGUAGAUCGUUUUGACGCAAGAGGGAGAUGGUGGUGUUUGGUGGGGAUGUCCAUCACGCACUUUAGUUGCUUCAUUGCGACAUCAAGCCCAUACAGCAAAGCGAACCACUAAAGUCACUUUGGAUGCAACCUCCGUCGCCGGAUUAUAGCACGCCAUCACAUAGCUGAAUGGUGGAUGAAAAUGAAAAUAAAUAUGGAAACCAUGAGCAGCUCUGGUCAUAACUUAAAUCAGGGCUGCUGUUCCCAAAUCACAUCGCAUCUCGAGAAGAACAAGCUAUAAUUUGCACAGCAGAUUCGCAAUGACUGACAGUACUCAAUCCAAUGGAACUUCGGCUCCAUACAGGGACCCUUCAGUAUAUGCAGAGUUCUCCAAAAAAUGGCCCAGCUUGCCACAAGAUGAGACACAAUGGGUAAAGCGUGCGCAAGAAGUGGCAGACAUACUUGCAUUAGAUGCAGUACAACGGGAUCUGGAAAACAAGUCGCCUCGUGCGGAAGUUCAACUUCUCAAAUAUGCCGGCCUGUUGAAGAUUCUCGGUCCUCAGAAAUAUGGCGGAGGAGAGCAGCCGUGGAGCGUGGGCUACAAAGUUAUCCGUAAAGUCGCUGAAGCCGACGGAUCGAUUGGCAUGCUUCUGGGAUACCAUCUUCUUUGGUCCACCACUGCCACUGUUGUUGGCACACCAGAACAAGCCGAUAGAUACCAGAAGCUCGUCAUCGAGAAUAACUACUUCAUCGGAGGCGCGGUAAACCCACGCGAUAGCGACUUGAAGAUUCAGUCCUCGGGUAAUAACAUUGUGUUCAAUGGAUCCAAAUAUUUCAACACCGGCGGCGUGGUAUCCGAUUUGACUGUACUCGAGGGCGUGUUAGAAGGAACCGAUGAUCACAUAUUCGCUUUCGUCGAAACGCGUCAGCCGGGCAUCGUAUUCGCGCACAAUUGGCAAAACAUCGGCCUUCGCCUUACGGAGUCUGGGGGUGUGAAGAUUGAUAAUGUUCAAGUGCCGUGGAAGGAUGCGCUGGGGUGGAACUCUGAAUUGAAGAAGCCGGAUCCCGAAGUGUUGACGAUUCCGUUUGCUUCAUUGCUCCUUCCGACAAUUCAACUCGUAUUCAGCAACUUCUAUCUUGGUAUCGCGCUCGGCGCCAUUGACUAUGCGACCAAGUAUACGAACAAGAAUACCCGAGCGUGGCCAUAUGGCGGCGAUAACAAAGAGAAAGCCACGGACGAGUUUUACAUCCUCUCAACCUAUGGGAAUUUCCAUGCACACCUUCGAGCCGCUAUAACUCUCGCAGAUCGCUCUGGCGAGCAAGUCAGCGCCAUCUACGCAAAGUAUGCUGGCGAAACAGCAACACGCGCAAAGCUCACUGCGCGAGAGAGAGGCGAGCUUGCUGAGUGGGUUGCGAGCACCAAAGUUGUUACUACGGAUACCGGCUUGAGAGUAACUUCUGGCGUUUUCGAGGUGACUGGAGCAAAAGCUACAGGCUUGAAAGUAGGAUUGGAUCGCUUUUACCGCGAUAUUCGAACGCAUACUCUGCAUGAUCCGGUUGCGUAUAAGAAUAGGGAGCUUGGUCGAUUCCAGCUGCUAGACGAGAUUCCGGAGCCAACUUGGUAUACUUGA